GCCUUGCCCCGCCAGCCUGCACCUUGCGACACCCUGGCUCAGGGCUGCCGGCCACGGGAACACUGCAGCUGCUGACCGCUGCGGAGAAGACGCGACAUCCAGCGCCGGUGUCCCCCCCCUGCAGUAAUUAGCUGUUUGUCCUGAGGGAGUACGCCGUUACAAAGGCUGAAGUUGCGACCGAAAGAGGUGAUUCCUCGCAAGACCAAGGAGCUGAUGGUCAUGCUACCGCGGCGUGAGUCGUGUUCCUGAAGACCGCCACUUCGACACCCCAUUCAGGAGCGAGGCAGUGACUGAGGAGGCGGGGCCGAGCGGGAGAUGUCUUGGUCGCUGGUCAAGAGAGGCCUGGAGCUGUGUGAGGAGGACCAGCAGGCAACCAAGAGCAGGAAGGUUGAGAAGAAGGUGACUGCUGGGAAAGCCUCCCGCCACCAGAGGGAGAAGAAGGCAGCUAAACAGAGGAAGAUUGGGGAACAGAGGCAGCAGGAGGUCAAGGAUUUGUUUAGCAGCCAAAAACAGGUUACGAGUGCUCUGGAAAGGUAUCGCCAGAAUGUCCCAAAAGACCGCACCUUGGACAACAUAAAACUGCUGAAGAAGAUUGAUAAGAAGCGUACACCCAAGGAAUAUGUGGAAAAGGUUGUAAGCCAACACACCAAGCAGCUAGAUAGAAGGGGUGGUGUGAGGGAGUUGCCACAAAGUCAAGGCAAGAAGAAGCCCGAGGAGACAUCAGUGUUUUCGGAUGAAGACUUUGAGAAGCUGAACAAGGAGUGGCUGAAGCUGUACUAGUCAAGGCAAUAUUUGAGUGGCCUUAGACAGCCCUGAGUGUUGGUUGCUGGCUGUCCGGUUGCUGGUAGUUCAUGGUAGAGGGAGCCACCCACUCCCAGCCCAUCCCUGGAAAUGGUCCCUUAAACCUGUUUCCUACAGAGGAUGUCUGCAGUGUUAACAUAAAGCCAGUUGUUGUUGUAGUUGUUGUUUGGGGACUGAACGUGGUUGUGUUUAUGAUGUGUGGUGGGUUUGAGGAAGGUUUUCAGUCUGCUUCUGUGGUAAGUGCAUCCCAUAGAGCCCAUGAUGUGCACUUUGACUCUCUGCUUGUAUAUGUUUGUCUGACUAAUAAGUAAAAUUAGUAAUGUAAAUAUUUGAAUCAACUGUAUUUGUGCUUGUAGCUUCCUUGCCACUCUGCUGCUAGAUUCCACUUGUCUAACUGCUGAGUGCUAAAUUGCCAUUAGUCAGCAUGGCUCUCAAUGACAGGCUAACUGGCAGGAUUGUUUCAUUGGCCUUUGUUUUCUCCCUUGUUGCCAUAACAGUGUGGCAUCUCCUGUACCAGUCACAGUACGACGUUUUCAACUUAGUUCCGUCACCCCUGUAUGCUUUCGGGGUGAUCCGGUACAUGUUCCUUGUGCUGUCUGUGGUCAUCCUGUGCUUCAUGAUGUAUGCCUGUAUUAACUCACAUUCCCACACUUGACUCUUUCAGGUUUGGCACGAAGUGAUUGAGUAUAUGAAGGCACGACACGGGCACCAAAUUAUAUAUCCACAAAAUAUGCAAAGGUCCCCAAGGAUCCUGAGUGACCCUUUGCCUUACCACCCGCUAGAGGCUGGAGAGAACAGCGCUUAGAGCCUCGCAAAGCAGUGUGUGUGUGCAUGUGUGUGCAGUGGCGCAUGUGUGGCUAGUGAUGUUUGGACAUGACCGUGCCAUAGGUCAGUGUGUGCUGGUGGUGUCGGCAGUGGUUGUGCUCUACUAUCUUGUGUGGGUGGUGGGACUGCCAUUCAUGGACGAGGACAGUUCCCUGCGAUCCCUCUUUCCCCGGCCCAUCCUGGCCAUCAUCGUGCCCACAGUCAUAUUGGUCUUUCUUCUCACCAUCACUGGAGUGUACAUCAUCAAAGCCUUAGUGGAUGCCAGUAGGCUAGAGAAAAGCAAAUUAAAGCUUUUGUGAUCUCAUCUCAGAGGCAUGCUGAAGCUUUCUUAAAAUUAACUUGCACUUUAAUGCCGUGAAAUUUUUAUAUUUACAUUUUUUUCUAACUGAAGCCAUUGUAAUCAGUUAUACUAACUUAUUUUAAUAUCCCAACAAUUGCCUUUUAUGAUAAAAGUAUUCAUUAUGAUCAGAAUGUACCUCAUGAUGUUAUGUUGUACUUGUUAUGUUUGUUGACCCUGGUGCUGAGAUAUCAGGCUGUACUACUUUGUUUAGCUAAGGUUUCCCAGAGCAACACUUCUUCACCCACGCUGUGCACCAUGUCGUCCUGGGUAGUGGUUGGGAUCUCUGGAGUGACCAAUGGGGGCAAGUCCACCCUUGCCCAACAGUUACAUUCUCGCCUCCCCUGUCACACCAAAGUCAUCUCCCAAGAUGACUACUUCUUCCCGACGGA